AUGCAUUUUUAUUCUAAUUUGUUGUUGGUAGUGCUAGCUACCGUUGCAAAUGGUCAACUCAUAGGCAGCGUGGGUCCUUUGACAUCGUCAUCGGACAAGGCCGCUAUCAAAACGUGCAACGUUUUGGACUAUGGAGCGACCAAUGACAACACCACCGAUGUCGGACAGCCAAUUAUUGAUGCUUUCGCUGAUUGCGGUAGCCCCGAUACCAGUGGCGCGGUGGUUUAUGUCCCAGAAGGAGAUUACCUGCUGGACACCUGGGUGCACCUUUCGAACGGAACUACAUGGGCUUUGCAGUUAGACGGAGUCAUCUACCGAAACUCUAGUCCAAGUUUAGAGGGGUACAUGUUCACAAUCAGCGAUGGAAGUGAUUUUGAAUUAUUUGGUUCAACUUCCGAGGGAGCAAUCCAGGGGAGCGGAUAUUUGUACCAUAUGCAAGGAGAUUAUGAAGGCCCAAGAAUUCUCUCUGUAUCUGGAGUGGAAAAUUGGUCGGUACAUGAUAUUGCUCUUGUAGACGCUCACAUGUUUCACUUUGUCAUUUCAGGUGCAACAAAUAGAGAGGUUUAUAACAUGGCAAUUCGAGGCGGAGACUCCGGCGGACUUGAUGGGAUUGAUGUGUCGGCAACAAAAUUUUGGAUUCAUGAUAUCGAAGUGACGAACAAAGAUGAAUGUGUCAUGACCAAGGCUGGAACCCAAAAUGCCUUGUUUGAAAACAUCUACUGCAAUUGGAGCGGAAGAUGUGCCAUGGGGUCAUUGGACUCAAAUGACCUUGUCAGUGACGUCACUUAUCGAAAUAUCUAUUCUUGGUCGUCAAACCAAAUGAUGAUGAUCAAAAGUAAUGGCGGAAGUGGAAACGUAUCCAACAUUCUUUUCGAAGAGUUUAUAGGCCAUAGCAACGCGUAUUCUCUUGACCUUGACUCUGUUUGGAGCAGUAUGGACCCGGUUGACGGAGAUGGGAUUUUUUAUACCAAUAUAACCUUUAAAAAUUGGUACGGAGAUGCCACAGAUGGCGAAACUCGAGCACCAAUUCGCGUCAUCUGCCCAUCAUCAGUGCCCUGCACCGACAUAACCCUUGAUAAAAUCAACCUGUGGACCGAUGAGGGCGGCUAUGAGGAGUAUUUGUGCGAAAACGCGUCCGGAUCGGGAUAUUGCUUGGAUACAUCCGAUAGCUCUUCUCCGGCGGCCACCACACAGUACAUCAACACGGCGCCAGUUAGCUACUCGGCGGCUACCAUGACAGCUGAUUCGACAACGGCCUUUGGAACAGCGGCAUCCAUUCCAAUUCCGACCAUCCCGACUAGUUUUUACCCUGGUGCAACGCCUAUAAGCGCACUUGCAGGUAGCAGCUCUUGA